CCAACAACAGAGUAAACAAACCAAUGAACAUUUCAAAACAUUAUUGACAUAAUUGAGAAUUGCGAAAUAAAGGGAUUACCCAUUUAUUCAUAUCAUAGUAAAUACUAAAUGGACAUUAUUGAGAUACUUUGCAAUUGUGAAAUAAAUCAUUUGCUGAAAAUUUAGUUUAACCGUAACACAUUAAACACAACAUAAUCAAACAUCAAAAUGACAACAGAAGAGGAUGCUUGUAAAGCUGCCAUUGACAGAUACAAGGUUGUUGCAGGCCUCUUUGGGCUACUGUCAGUUGGCUUGCUUAUAAUUGGCUUUAUUUCGGCCAUAAAGUACCCAGACAAUGGGUUUGGCCUUCCUUACUUCAUUGGCGGAUUCACUGGGGGAUUUCUGGGUCUCCUACAAGCUCUGAUGUGCACGUAUAUUGUUGUAAAAGGACCUAGUAGUCAGGAAAACGAGAUUAAGAAGAGAGAAUUUGUUUGCGUGAUGACUGUUCAGUAUAUUGUGUCCGCAUUCCAUUUUGCGGGUUGCUUUGUUGGCUUCAUCAUGGCUGGAAUUGGGGGUUUUGCCAUUUCAACAUCAAUUUUCGAAAAGGAGAUUCCAUAUCAAGGUACGAUAAAAGUACUGGCUGCAGCAAUAAUAGUCGGCUGUAUACUGGAGCUAGCUGUAAGCAUUUACGGAUAUUGUAUCAUCUGCACGUAUGGUGUUCAAAUGAACCGUAAUCGAGGUGCUGUGAUCAUGAUUCACCAGCCCAACGGCGCAGGAACUGCUACUGUGAUAACAAACACAGGUGGUGGUUUUGGAUUAAACGAUCCCUAUAUGUUCACUACCGGGGGAGGUUUCAACAAUCCAGGAACAACAAAUGCCAAUGUUCAAGCCCUGCAAGAAGAAAACAGACUACUACAAGAGCAACUUCGCCUUCAACGGGAACUGAAUCAACAACGAAACCAGCCUUUUGGUUUCCAAGGUCAACUGCCACCACCACCUUCAUAUGGAUUUUAUGGUUCCUCGAAUACUCCAUCUACCCCUCCCCCAAGAUAUGACAAGGCUUUCUAACAUUUCAUUGAAAUCAGUUGUGUUGAAAACACGUUAAACCUAUGUAACGGCUAGAAUUUACAUGUCUGCAAGACUUUGUUACUGUUGUAAUAUUAUUUCUACUGGUAAUAUUAUAAUUUAUAUAGAUGAUAUUGGUUGGUAGUAUUUGUUUAAUGCAUAAGUGAUCAUCUAAAUUUAUGUAAUCAUUCUUGAAAAGGAACAUAUUAUCUAUCGAAUAAAACACAGCAACAAUUG